AAUGAAGUUAUUAUCUUUAUUAGAAAAGUACGCAACUGAUGAAUUCAGCAGUCAUGAAUAAGCCCAACUGGCCCACCACUCCAUCAGCUUUGCGUAACAGUAAUUUAUAAUGAUGAGAGGAAUAAUGGAAGGAGAUGCAUUAAUGUUUCGCGUACUCUUUCAAGGAACAAACGUAGUAAAUCCUGUAUAUGUAUAAACACGCAAGAUCAAUGCUAUUUUUGCAAUAUACCUUAGAACAAGUAUUAAAAAUGAAUAGAGAAUAACACAAAAUGAGAAGAAGAGAUAAGCUAAAGUAAUGUAAAGGUGAGUGUUUAUAGACUUUGGUGGUUAAGUUAAAAUGAAUCAUCUGGCAAAUAGAAUGGCCACAAGUUGGCCUCACAGCAGAAGAAAAUAAAUGUUCAAGGACAAAACAAGGCUGAACAUGUUUCAUUUUUUUCCAACUUCAGAAGUAAAGAAAGACCAAAGCAUGAACUGUUGACACACCUAUUCCGAGGUUGUGAAUGAAGUUGGUUGUGUGUUUUUUUGUUUAUGUUUGUGUCUUUGUAUUUUGGUAUUGAAAGUUUGUUGUGUGAGAAUGGCAUGGCCAUUAAUCGAAGUGUGAAUGGUGCCCUCAGUUCGAGAAUUUGUCACCAUAUGACAGAGGUUGGAUUUUUGAGGCUCAGUUAACGAGGCACCGUGUGUGUUGGAGUGGUGAGGUCCUUCCUUUGCUUACACCCUUUCCUUCUCACAGAGUCCAAGAUCUAUAAUACACCUUUUGCAGUGAGUGUUUAUGAAUUGAUGGGGAAAUAAUAAGGGUAAUAAAAGAGGUGAGAGUGAGUGAUCGGUUUUGUAUAAUAGGGGUGACAUUCAAUUUCUGACCCACGUUUGGGACACCUUUUUCAGAAUUUCAGCUGCACUGCCUUCUCUUCUGCCACAUAUCCCUCCUUUCUCUCACACUCUCUCUCUAUGUCACACUGUUCUUUUCCACCAUCAUUUUUCCUCUAUCAAGCUGUUAGUAGUAUUUAGUUACACUCAAAACAAUUUACUGAAUCCUUUCUUCUGCAGUCUCUUUCCCCUGAUGAGAAGAUGGGGUUAACUCAAGUCUGUGUCUCCUGCCACAACUAUAGACAAACCCUCCUAUGCCUCAUUCUCUUUGCUAUUCUAUUCACGGCCAAAGCAAGACCAGUUUCUUCCAGUCUUAUAGAGCCUGCUCAGAAGGACAUGAAAAAGCCGGAACCGAUGAUGGUGGAAAAAUCUCAGAUAGGUUCUAGGCCUCCCAAGUGUGAAAGAAGAUGCAGUACUUGUGAGCACUGUGAAGCAGUUCAAGUCCCUGUUGCACCUCAAAUUCAACCUCAUAGAAGUCAUUUUUCACCAGCAAAAGCAACCACGGUUGUUUCUUACUCAUCAAGAGGUGAUGACCUUUCAAAUUACAAACCAAUGAGUUGGAAAUGCAAGUGUGGGGAUUACCUUUUCAAUCCAUGAUCUAAAGGGGGAACUUACAUACAUAUUUGCUUGGGAAUCAACAAUUCAAAAUGUGUAUGAUUUCAAUUAUUUACAUACCAAUUCCUCUUCAUGUUUCCGCACCUUGUAGAUAUUUGGCAAUUAUAGUCAAUAUUUGUGACUUCCUUUUGCUUAAACCACUCUUUUUUUCUGUUUUUUUUAUCACAUCUACUUGUUUUUAUUUCUGCUUACAAUGAAAAGCUUUUGUAAGUAAGGGU